AUGGAGAUGGGAGGUCCAGACUACAUAAAGGACCACUUGCCAAAAGUUCACCAGCAUAUCGCCUAUAUAGGAGAAAAGUGUCCAGCAUUAGAGAAAACUGGAGACCUCAGAUAUCUAUGGAGGCCUGCCUCAAAUAGAAGCAUGCUAGCAAAGUAUAAACACGAGUAUGUUGGUGGCAUUGGUUGGGGAAUACCAGAGUAUAAUUUCAUCAACAAAUCAAGACUGGAGAGUGGCUUUCAAAUCAAGCAUGGCGAACUAAGUAUUUUUGCUAUUGAUGAAUUAACCCACCGUUAUCAAAACCCAUGGCAACCAAAGCCUUCUGUCCUGGACAAGCAAGGAGGGUACAGUCGUGGCUUUCUUGCCUGGAACAUGAGUGAUUACGAGGACACUCAGCAGAGAAACUCCAAAUGGGCUAUUCUUGUUAAGCAGAGUAAGUCACCAAGCACUGCCCUGUCAUCACGGCUGCCCAAGGUGCCAAGGAAGGAAGAGAAGUUGGGCAUAGAGGAGGGUGAGAUCCCUUUCUUGACUCUUCGGCUGCGAGAGAAUGAAGCCACCAGCGGUCCAGGCCGUGAGUGGGCGUGUCUCAACAGAAGUCCAUGGGAUUGUUUUUGCUUUCGGAAGGAGGUUGAAUUAAGACAAAGAAAAGGUGAACAUUCCUUACCUCAGGAGGUUUAUGAAACAGCAGCUGUGUUCCUGUGUGCCUUGCAGCAGCAGGAGAAGCUGGGCUCUGCCAGUCCCGAGUGA